CAUGCAAUACAAGUGUCUCUCAAUAUUAUAUUAUUCUCCCUUUUUUUUUCAAAUUAUAACACUUAUCUAUCUUUUUUGCUUUCACUCUGCAAGCGAUGCAACUAAUUAACAAAUUAAAGCUUACCCAUGUCGCCGCCAGCUUACCCGCGAAGACCCGCUUCUGCUACACGGCGGCCGCCACCGCCACCGCCAACCGCCGCCGGUUACUUGACAGACUGGUUCUCCAAGUCCAUCAUUUCUCUGAAUUCCCAGAUCCUCUCCGCCUGCUCCUACGCCCUCCCGUCGCCGCGUUUCUCCCUCUUCUCUUUCCGUUAUGAAACCGACCGGGCCGUGGAGCCGGUCAUGCUCUCAGCCAACAACGCCUCCUCUGCAUCGGAGGAUGGCCGUGGAGGAUACGGUGGCGGCGCGUUGCUGAGGAAAAUUGGGGUCGGGAUACUCGCGGCCGCCUAUGUAGGUAUGAUCUUGGGGCUUCUGCUUACUCUGGCGGCAAUUUUAGGCGUGUCGUUGGUAAGGUUGUGGGUGGAGGAGCCGGUUCUAUUGAGAGAGAGACUGGACUUCGACUACACCGCCGCUCAUCCCACGGCCACAUUCUCUUUUGCCCAUGGAAGCAGCGGCCGCGGCGGCGGAUUCAUCGGGCAUAAGGGUAUUUUCGUCCCUAAGAACAAAAAAGUUGGUGUGCCUCUUGGCCAUACCUUUUAUGUUUCUUUGGUCCUUGUAAUGCCGGAAUCUGAUUACAACAGAGAGUUAGGAAUCUUCCAGGUGGGUGCAGAGCUGAUAUCGAACGGAGGAAGUGCGCGGACGAGAUCAAGCCAACCAUGCAUGUUACACUUCACGAGCCAGCCGAUACGACUGAUGAAAGAAUUGGUAUGGGGACUACCCCUCCUACUCGGUAUAACGGCUGAAUCCCAGAGGAUCGUCAUCCUCAUGAUAAGGCACAAGGAGAGCCAUCCAAGAACGGAGGCCAUCCGAGUGACCUUGAUGCCGCGAUCCGGGACGGUAGAGCUCCCUCAAGUCUACGGGGCCGAAAUCGUCCUAAAGUCCCACCUCCCCUGGAUGAAAGAGAUAUUGCAUAGAUGGAAAUGGACGUUCUACGUGUGGGUGACUUUGUACAUUUACACUACUCUCAUCAUCGUUUCCCUCUGUUGCUUCAGACCGCUCGUCGUCCCGCUCCUGAGGGGAGACGCCGGGGCCCACGGGGAAGAAGGUUUCGUGUUGGAAGCCUCGGAAGGGAGGGAGGAGGAGGAGAGAAAUGUGUUGGAGUCUUGGAAAAGGCGGAGGCUUGGUAGGUAUAGAAGGAAGAGGGGAACAAUGGUCGACGAGCCGAAAGUGGUGGUGGUGGAGCCGCCAGAGACGGUGGUGGUGGAAUCUUCUGCUUCGAGCUAUACGAUAACGAGAGAGGACACGGACCCGGACGCACCUCGGGAAGAGGCCGAUGACUCGGAAUCCGUGUGCUUCGGAAGCGGAGUUGAGGAAUGAACUUCUGUUUGGGGGAUCUUGCUGCAGUUUUCAUGUCGUUACCUUCUUCCUUGAAAUAUGUACCGUUGUUUGAUGAUUUACUACUCGACAAUGAGCGUCUGAUGAAAUGAGUUGGUAUUUAUUAACCCAAAAUAAACUUAUUUUAUGAGGUUUAGUUUUGAGAAUUAUUAAAUAAAUAAAGAGAAGUCAUCUUA